CUUUUGCACUUCACUUUUCAGCUGCCUGCUCAAGCAAAAGCUCUGUGGAGUAAAAAUCUCUUCCUAGCAUUUUCAAAUGGAAGAACAAAAUUAUGAAAAUGGUGUGCAGUUUCCACCACUGGCCACGAAUUACAUGGCAGAGGAUGCCUAUGGAUUAUGCGGCGAUCAUCAUGCAAAUCACUACUAUGUGACUCCAGGGAGUAACAGGAUGCAUCAUGAGCGUGCUGUAGGUACUGAAUGGACUCCUUCCCAGCAAAUGCCUAAAAACUAUGUUGAGUUUCUUGCUGAGAGAGGGAACCCUGCAGACCAGAGACAAAUGCCAUACAAUGUUUCCUCACAAAUACCUGGUUUUGGACUGUCAUCUCCUUCUCAUUUGGAACAUCCUGGGCUGCGUAAUGUCGGAAACUUUGAUGAAACAUUCACAGGCUUGGAACCUCAAUAUGGUGUUCAGGAACAAAAUUGGAAUGAAAGUCACAGUCAUGCUUUUCAAGCUUAUUCGGGGUUGGGUACUGCUGCACUGGAAAGCGUCACUGAAGCUCGUCAGAGAAGAUCAAGAGAGAGAGCCUGUGCAGCAGAUCGUUUACGUAGACUGAAAAUAUCACAUUGGUUGGAAGCAUUAAAGGAAUUGAUGCCUCAACCUGAAGGGUGGGUAAUUUCUGGACAUGCAACCACUUAUCAAGUUGCGGCUAUGCAGGUUGGUAAAGCAGCUUUGCUGGAUAAUGUCAUUGACCAUGUCAAAUAUCUGCAAAAUCAAGUGAAGGGGCAUGGACAUUACGUUUUUCAGGCACAGAUGCUCAAUGGGCCUGUGGAACAUACGAUGGGAAAAUUAAUUGAUUUUUAUCCUUCAGCAGUCACUGAGCUGUUGCAAAGCAGAGGUCUUAUAGCUAUGCCAAUGACUUUUGCAGAAGAAUUACUUGAACCCAUUGAGAUGUUUGAUGUGCAAGAAAAAGAUGUGUUUUCUGUCCCAAGUGAUCGGGCGAGUAAAUUUGGUUUGCCGUGAUUUGUGGGAUAUGCACACUUGAUGUGAACCCAGUGGUUAGAUUGCCAAAAUGAAUUGGAUAGGUAAUACGAGGUGUCUGGAAUUAUUAUCUUUGAAUAUUUUGGUUGACAGUGAAAUCAUCGUGUUCCUUGUUAUGGAUCGACUGUUGUUUUGGACAAACUCGAGUCUCAGACGGUUAACACCAAACGUUAAUGACCUUGCUCUAUGCUGAUCUUAUUAUUACCAUUUAAUUUUUACCACGAGGUUAUCUAUAGGAGCACACAUUUUAUCUUCUUUGUAAUUCAACUUGUCUUCAUUUAUGAACGUGAUUUAAGCUAUUUUUGUGGAGGCAUUAAAAACAAUGGUGAUUAGAGUUCUG